AGCUGUUUGCCAACCGCCAAAAAAGAAGAAGACACUUUUUUGCUUUUAUUUUGAAGACUGGCGGCCAUAUUGAAAUUUGCUUAUUUGUCGCUAAUUACUCUUAGUAACAAAUACCUUUGAUUUCACGUGGUUUGUUUGACUAUAGAGUGUUUAUUUUCAAAUACAUUGUACAGUAUGGCAGUUCCAGAUGUCUUCCAGACGGAAAUUACUGUUGUUAUUAAAGAGUUAGUGAAUGUGGCCCUGUUAGAAAUCGCCAGAGUUGUAACGUCAGGCGGGGAUGGUGAAGUAACGAUGUCAACAGUAAAUGAGAACGGCAAUGCCCUGUCACAUACAGUGGCGUUAAGGAAGGGUCACAUGACACUUAUUUCUUCCAUACUGGGGAUGUUGGGACAAGAGGCUGUACGCAAGCUCAGCAGAGUUUUCACAGAAUGCUGUGCAGUUUUGCAAAAGCAGUGUCAGCAAAGUGUACAGGAAAAUAAAAACCUAAAGAAGACACUAGGAAACAUGGAGAGGAAGCAUAGGGAAGUUGAUGUGAAGGACACAGCACAUCUUAAAGUCCCUCCUGAGACUGAGCACACCAGAACAACAGGAUCAGGGUUGGUGUUUCUCCCCUCUUCUCAGACCAUCCCAGAAUCUAGUCUGGUGCAGACAAGCACCUCUAAGAAGGAAUUUCUUGAAAGAAAGAUUGGCUCCAAUGCAGUGCUCAUAAACGAGGAUAUUGAAGAUGAGACGAGUGAAGUGGCCAUUAUUAACAGAGAUGAGAGAGAAGAGGUAUUUGCUAAGCAACCUGAUGCCCAGAACAGGAAUGCUGCAGCUUUGUGCAAAACCCCAUCCUGCAGUGUAAGUGCCCAGAAGCCAGAAGAGGGUGCAGCUGUACUUACUCUGCUAGAAAAGGACAAAUUAUCCAAAAGAAAGGCUUUUGUAGUAAAUAUCAGUCUCACUCCACCAGACCUCUCCCCUCAAAGUAAAUCUAAUGCAGUUUUGAACCACAGAAAACUUCCUGAAAAACCACAUAGCUGUGCCCUGUGUGGCAAAAAGUACUGGCAUAUGAAAGCUCUUAACAGACACAAAUUGCAACAUGAUCAAAAAUACAACUGUGAGACCUGCGGUAGAAUGUUCAACAAAGAAGGUUCUCUGCGAUCACAUGAACUUGUGCAUGCCAAAGUGAAGCCUUUCAUCUGCACAAUAUGCGGCCAGGGUUUCACAGUCCAGCAGAGUCUGGUGAGCCACCGGCGAAUUCACACAGGGGAGAGACCCUACAUGUGUGAGACCUGUGGGAAGGGCUUCUCUCAGUCAGGCCAGCUUAAGAUGCAUGAGCGAGUUCAUUCAGAGGAGAAGGCCUUUAAGUGUGACAAGUGUCAAAAGGCCUUCAGGAACCCAGGCACACUAAAGUUACACCAGGUUGUUCAUACAGGUGAUAAGCCAUACAAGUGCAACAUAUGUGAACGAAGGUUUGGGCUGGCUGUAAACCUUAAAAGACAUCACCUGAUUCACACAGGUAUGAAACCAUAUGUUUGUGUGGUGUGUGGCAAAGGCUUCAACCAGAGGAGUAUCUUGAAAGGUCACAUGCAGGUACAUACUGGUGAAAAGCCUUUCAUGUGUGACAUUUGUGGCAAAACCUUUGUUUAUAAUUAUGCCCUGAAAAAUCACAUGCUAACACAUGAUGGAGUCUACAAGCAAAGACUAAAAACAAGUUUAGAACAUCCAAGAAACCCUCAAAGGUGUGAUGUGUGUGGCAAAUGCUAUAGUUCUGUAGCCUCCCUGAAACUCCAUAAGCAACUCCAUACAGGAGAGAAACCAUUUACAUGUGAAGUGUGUGGCAAAGCCUUUGCUCAGAAAAGUGCAUGUACGACUCAUCAAAAAGUUCAUACAGGAGAGAAGUCUUUCAAAUGCGCCUGGUGCUCAAAGGCCUUCAGUCUGGCUAAUUCACUGAGAGUGCAUGAACGCAUUCAUACUGGGGAGAAACCAUACAAAUGUGACUCAUGUGGAAUGGCUUUCCGUAUGUCUGGGAAUUUGAAGAGACACAAACGUGUACACACUGGAGAGAAGCCUUUCAGCUGUGCUGUUUGUGGGAAGAGAUUUGGCCAGGCUAAUAAUGUGAAGGCACACAUGCAAGUCCAUACGGGAGUGAAGCCAUAUUUUUGCCAGAAAUGUGGAAAGAGGUUUGCCUAUGUUAGAAAUUUUAAAGACCAUAAAUGUGUUCCAUGUUAAAUUCCUAGUUGUCUGUUACAGACGGAAAUGUGUUUAUAGAAUUGUACUAUUCAUGUAAACCACAGAAUAAUUUAUGACAGAAUUUAAAAAUAUUGCUGGCGGUCCUGUUUGACAUUUGGGAUGGAUUUUAUGUUCUCAUCAAAAAGCCACACAUUAGAAUAUUUGGUUCUCAUGUAGUUUUUAGAUAAAAUUUUAAAUAAAAUAUGUCAUUCUA